GUCGACGAUAUGUUGGUACCAUGGGACACAGAGAUCAAUUUCGCGAGCGCCCUGCUGUUACACAGCUGUGUCACAGUCGUUCUGAAGGAGGCGUUCAACGUGAUUGAGAUCGCGCGGCGCCUCGUCCUACGACGGUGGACUGUUCAGUCGCUCAAGGGUGGCGAAAACCGCCAAGACCGGAUCGGGACUUCAAUUGUGCUGGACGGCUACACUUCAAUAUUCUCGCACGACCUGGAUGGCGACCUCGCGGAACUUUAUUUCACCAACACAGGGCUCGGUUUGCUCGCUGUAUCGCUGGCCUCGAGCGUGGCAAUGAACUUGUUCUUGCCAGGCCUCGUUCUAAACGCUGUUGUUGCCGCAACGUUUGCAGUCGCUUUUCUGGCUUCGCUAGUCAACGGCAAAAAGGGAUUGUUACUACCCAUAUUGGCACUGAGGCGUGCUGGACGGUUCAUUUGGUCUGACACUCCUUUUGUCAAUUUCUUCUCCGUGAUAUAUAUUGCGACCGUUCUGCGGGGCCAGUCAACCUUGCGGCUCCAAGAUUAUGUUACUUUCCGCAGCAUCGCCGUGCUGGAGCUGGUUUUUAUGAAGGGGAGACUGGCGGCGUCUUCCCCCGAACAGCAGAUUGCCCUGGUCAGAAGGCUCGUUGCUAGCGAGUGGGUAGCAGUAAACGCCAAUCGAGGCAAUCAAUACCUCGAUCGGGUGUACCCAUCCGCCGAACGCGAUGACAUGGUGACUUUCACCACGUUGCAGAGGCUGUGGGUCAUGCUCUUCAAGACCAGUAUCAGCUAUCACUGUGGCUGUCUGAAGGGUUCUCUGGGUCCAGCAACUGUCCCACUGCCAGAUCUAGGGUUCUACGCAGAUGGCCCGUCCAAGGAUUGGAAGAUUUACAGGGUCUCGGAAGACGUAAUGAUUUUAGCCGAUUGCCUGGACACGUCUACUCCCAAGAACCAGUGGGGACGUUUCAUUUCUUCGGCUCAUGGGGUUCUCCUUCGUCGGCUUGGGAAAGUUAGGGUCAUCUAUCUCUUGAGGCUCAAGACUUCCGCUGAGACAGGCUGCAUCUCAUUGUGGCACUCAAACAUUAACUUGGUUACAGGUGUUUCGAAGCAAUGGCUGCUUGACGAGUUUGAUCGUUCACAGCCUCAGGGGAUUUGUGUUGUUGCAGGUAAAUGAGAGUCUACGGUUACGCAGCCUUGAGAGAGCACCUGAGGUCUUCAAGCCGGCAAUCAUGACAAACGCGCUUGAAAGGCUGAACGAGCGCACGAGAUGAUAAGCGGAUAUACUAUGUUGGCAAGAAAAAUGUGUUUAUCCAGUCGCCGGUCUCGGGUGUGCGAGCGCGGCCUCAACGCCUACUGCUUCAUCUGCCUGGGGCACAACGAUCGGGGGAGCUGCUGCCGAUGCAGGGUGGUCACAAUCACAUGGCUGCACAUCAACUGCUCACCUCGCCUUCCCCCGCGGGGAGAGGCAGCGCCUGCACUGUUGCUGGUACGUGGCCAUGGACCAGACGCGGCCCAUCACUCAGGGAAAGAAGAAGCGCAUCAACCUCAAGAUCGCAGACGAGCACAUUGGCAUAAUGGGAAAUGGCAACUAGGACACACAGAGCUGGUACCACAGCCAGGAGACCAAUGUCCUGUUGAACAAGUAGCGAGGCUGUGUGCCGUGCUUUAAUCGAUGGAUUGCGCAGGAUCCAGAACACGCAGGGCAUGGGUGAGUUUGAGGAGUUGGCAUUUUCACUCUCCGCCGGUCUGAUGUGCUCAUGGAACAGGAGAUUUGAGCUUGUGCUUGGCUUUGGUUAAGUAUGUCGCUUACGAGUAAGUACUAAGAGGCUCGUGAUUGCAGCAAAUAGUGUGUGUGAAAACACAAGCAUCCACACAAUCUAUU